AUGCGUUCUUCAACCUACAUCUUCGCGGCCCUCAGCGCCACAGCAAACGCUCUCCAAGCACUGGAAGUACCCAACCGGGCUCACGAGGCCAUCGCAGCCGCCAACGCAGCCAUCAAGGAUCGCCGCGACCUCAACUCUUGUAACUCGGUCGCAACGUCCCUCCUCCCCAAGAUCACCGACGGCGUCCCCACACCGCCCGCCGAUGUGGCCGCCUACAUCGCGCUCUCGGUGACCAUCACGGACGCCUGCUCCGACCCGACGAUUACGGGCUCCGUCGGCUCCGCCUACUCGACCUACGCCUCGUCGUACACCUCGUGGCGCGACAAGCACAUCACCGACUUCCGCGCGCUGUGGCAGGCCUGCAGCGACGUGCCGGGCGUCGUCGACGUCCUUCCUACUGGCACGAACCAGUGCAGCUCGGUCGUGGCGCAGAUUACCAGCGCCGGCCCGGUCAACGGGGGUGGGUCAGGAAACGGUGUCGGGGGAUCGCACAACGCGGCCCGGCCUAGGGAGACCGGGGCGGUCGUUGCGGCGGCGGCUAUGGCUGGUUUUGUUGUUGCUGCCAUUCAGUGA